CGAGUGUUUGAGCACUAUUCGAGGAGCCUGCGAGGAAUAUUCAGACAUCAAGAGGAAUUACAAAGAAACUGGAAGAUUUUAUAAUGAAGUGUACAAACUCUCCAUCGUUUCAUUUUAUGUUAUUUCAUCCCGAUGAGGAUUCUCAAACAUCAGGAAUAUCAGGAAGGUGCUUCCCAAAGGCCCGUUUGUAUCUUUCACUUCAGGAACUUUGAGUUUCUCCUCCAAAACUCUGGAAAAUACUUCAUGUUUAAAGUGUCUCAUUGAAUUAAAGACUACAGACGAACAGCAGAUCUGAACACACAGUUCAUCUUCUCUAUAAAUCCGAAAUGAAGGAAAAGUCCAAGAAUGCUGCAAAGACACGAAGAGAAAAAGAAAAUGGAGAAUUUUAUGAACUGGCCAAAUUGUUGCCGCUGCCCUCCGCCAUCACAUCUCAACUGGACAAAGCGUCCAUCAUCAGACUGACCACCAGUUACCUGAAGAUGAGGACUGUGUUUCCAGACGGUCUCGGGGAGGUGUGGGGUCAGACACGUGUCAGUCCUCUGGACAUCAUGGCGAAAGAUCUCGGAUCUCACCUGCUUCAGACGUUGGACGGGUUUGUGUUUGUCGUCGCGUCUGAUGGUAAAAUCAUGUACAUUUCAGAAACGGCUUCCGUUCAUCUGGGUCUGUCGCAGGUGGAACUGACCGGUAACAGCAUAUUUGAGUAUAUCCACCCGUCAGACCACGAUGAGAUGAGCGCCAUUCUCAGCACACACCAGCCGCUACACACACACUUCCUGCAAGAGUAUGAGAUCGAGCGUUCGUUUUUCCUCCGGAUGAAGUGUGUUUUGGCGAAGAGGAACGCAGGAUUGACGUGUGGUGGUUAUAAGGUGAUUCACUGCAGCGGUUACCUGAAGAUCCGUCAGUUCGUGAUGGACGUGUCCCUGUACGAGUCGUGUUAUCAGGUCGUGGGUUUGGUGGCGGUCGGUCACUCGCUCCCGCCCUGCGGCAUCACCGAGAUCAAACUGCACAACAACAUGUUCAUGUUCCGAGCGAGUCUCGACCUCAAACUCAUCUUCCUGGACAGCAGGGUGUCGGAGUUAACUGGUUACGAGCCGCAGGAUCUGAUUGAGAAGACGCUCUAUCAUCAUGUCCACGGCUGUGACGUGUUCCACCUGCGAUACGCGCAUCACAUACUGUUGGUGAAGGGUCAGGUCACUACUAAAUACUACCGUAUGCUGUCAAAACACGGCGGAUGGGUUUGGGUCCAGAGUUACGCUACGAUUGUUCACAACAGCCGCUCGUCUCGCCCGCACUGCAUCGUCAGUGUCAACUACGUCCUCACUGAUGUGGAAUAUAAGGAGAUGCAGUUAUCUCAGGAUCAGAGCCGCUCCAGACUGUCUCUCUCCUAUAAGAGCUGUCUCAGCGCUCCGCAGGAAUCACGCAAACAACUCAAAGCCAAAACAGGCAAAAUCAAACAUAAACUCAAAGUGUCUCCGUAUCCACAGAGCAUGCAGAUGGCUGAUAAUCUGGAGUCUUCGCCAUGGAAGUCGAGCUCUCCCGGCAGCCUGUCGUCCUGUCAGGAGCAGAACCCCGUCUCACUCUCUCACGUCCCUCUGUCGUACACUCUACCGCUGCACUACCCGUACACACAUGCACAUGUCUCAACUGACUGCAAAAAACUGCGAGUGACCCUGAGUGACCCCGCACGACACGUCUUCUCCUCGCUGCAGUCUGGUGGAGAAAGUCCCUGGACGACUGCAGCCUGCAGCACAUACUCAGGUCAGACGAGUGACAGGAGAUUCACAGGCCAGACUUUCAGAUCUAGCGGUGGGUUUAAAGAGGAACCGUACGAGCUGCAGAGCCGCAGUCAGAAUCACAGCUGCGCAGACGACAGCAGAGGGCGAGCAGAUGAACGCAACAGCCCAGCGUUGAGUAAAAGCAGCUGUGAGCGGCUCCUAGCGCAUGACCUGCACCUGCCGGCACAGAUGGUGUUGCAGCAGCGCCGCAGGCCGUGUGUGACAGACACAACGUACGAAGCCUGCUCAGAUCUUGCCGAAGAGAGUAAUGGCGAACAGCGCACACCACGACAGCUGGAGCCCAGCGACCCAGAAGACAAGGGGGUUCUGGCGGGAACGGGUCUCCCAGCGCAGACACCCUACGUCUCUUUAAACUUCCAUCACAUUCUGACCAAACAUGCCCCGUUUCCGCCAGCAGCCUACGCUCUGAGCCAUCUGACGGACGGCUUCGGUUACCGGGGGGAAGAGGUGAACCCGUACCUCUACCGGACACAAAGUCCCGCCUCCAGCCCCUCCCCUGAGGGACAUCGUGUUCCUCAUUACAUCGGCACAUCUGUCAUCAUCAGCAACGAAAGGUGACGCGCUCGUGUUCCAGUGCUGAUGUGUCAGGGACACAAACACCAAAUUAUGACUGACAGUCGGUCGCCAGUUCUGUUCUACCGUUUUAUGCAAAUCGAGAGAUUUCCUGUUCACAUAUAAAGCAACGUCUCCUAAAGGAGAAUUCAAUAGGAGCAAAACAGCAUCAGGUAUGCAAUAUAUAUUCUAUUUUCUCUAAACGUGCAGCAAUUUCAGCGGGACACUACAGCCAUUAUAAAUGAAUACAGAUGAAACUGAAAUGUGUUUCUCUAGAUGAACUUUAUAUUUGCUGCACAUUAUGAAUCAGUGAUAUGCAAGAGUGUCAAUGUCCUGCAGACUGACAUCAGAUCUAAAAACACUGCUGAUAUUCAGACCAACACAGUGACCCAAUACUGUGUUAAAUCCAUGCUAUUGUGCCAACAUUCACAAAACAGUGAUGUAAUGAGUUUAUAAUGGACUACAUGCACUGAGCCUCUUGACGUACUUCCACUUUGAAAUAAAGCGCCUCGCUAGUUUCCGGUUAUGAGUACACAACGUGCCGUGGUUGCCUAGUUCCUGAAACUCCACUUAAAAUGAGUAUUCGGAAGAAGAUUUUUAAGUACAGAUAUUUUCAGAGACAGGAGAAGAAAUAUUCUGAACAAUACUGUGUGCAGCGUCUUCAAAAUUCAUUGGAAUAAAAGUUUUCAAAGCUAUAAUUCAACCCAAGCCGAUCUAAGAAAGCAAUUGCAUUUCAAGCACAUUUCACCCUUUGUCCUCACACAGAGGUCUGUAAUAGAUAUGAAACCCCAGAUCAGCUGCUAAUGCUCCAUGUGUAAGGGAGGAGAGAGACCUAAUGAACAUGCAUCACCCCGUUUUUAUUAAAUUAAUGCUUUAAUGUCUAUUUGUGUCAUUGUUUCACUGAUAAGGAUUUGUUGAAAUGUGAAAAGUUAAAGUACAAAAGCUGCCAAAGAUAAAGAGGUAUAAUGUUUGAAAUUGAUUAAAUAUAUUUUAGCGCAGUUAAUGUAUUUAUUCAAUUUGACAAAACUACUUCAUUCUGUUUUUAGUGAUUUUUUUAAAGCCUAGUCAGAUUAAGAGAAUGGCUAAUUUAUUUAUAAAAUCAAUGCAUCUGGGACAUUUAACCAAAGUCAUUUGCAAUCGUUUGUAUGGUGGAAUUAAUAGCUGAAGCUCAACAGGUAUGAAAUAUCAUCAAUGAAUGAAACACGUGCUAAUGAGACUGCUGCAGGUUAUAUAUGUUUGAUUAUUAUUCAGGAGUGUAGCUACAUUUGAAAAGGAAAACAUAACUUUAAAGGCAAAUUUCAGCAAACUAUGAAUUUGAGAUCAGUCACGUCAACGUCAAAAACAUGAGUUAUUGUUUUAAUCAACUGACAGCCCUAAAACUAGAAAAAACCUGCCUUCCUACGAAGUUAUGUGCGCUGAACGCUGUAACCGGACACGUCUGAGUCGCACUAUAGAAUGUGGCAACAGUUGUGCAAGUAGUCAAUUGUAGACAGCAAGAAAAUAUCAAUUGAUUCAGAACUUAAAGGUGAAGUGUGUCAUUUCUAACAGUCUUCCCCAAAUUUUGUAGAACUGGUUGGACAGACAGGUACUCCAACCCCAAACUCACACCAUUGGUUGAGUCAGAAACGUUUAGAAGAGUCACAGGCUCAGUUCAGAACGGCAUCCUACCAAUACUAGUCUUACUACUUCUGUCAUUUAUAUAUAUGCCAAUCUGAACUCGGCCAGUGUUACACUCUUCAGAAAGUCAAACUACCAAUGGAGUCCUGAUAGUGACUGAUAAUACAUUAAACCAAGAUAUGAAAAACUAUUUAUCAUCCAAAAAAAAAAAAAAAAAAAAAACUCACUCACUUCUCCUUAAAAUGAACUUUGAACAGUCUUUCAGACUGCGCUUGAAUGAAAGAGACUGAACAGUAAUACGAUCAUGGAAUUUAUUUCUGUGGACAUUUUUGACCCUCUGCAGAAAAAAAAAAAAAGUGAGUAUGUUCCCAACCAGCUAAUCAAUGUUGCUGAUAUCAAACAAGUGCUGAGCAUAUUUAUUGAAGUGUCUCACAUUGCAGCUGGAUUAUUUAUGGUGCAAAUCAAGAGUCUAACAUAUGCAAAGGAUGUUUAAUGACUUUAAAUGAAACUAAAAUGACUGCAGGUAGUUUGCUUUGAAUCUGAAUAAACAUGA